AUGAUAUAUUUAAUAUUGUUUAUACUUUUGAUCUCAAUAAAAAAUAAUACGAUUGAAACAAAACAAAACAUAAAGAAACCAAACACCUUAACAUUCAUAAAUUUUUCAAAUACAAAUUUAUUAGAACCCCCAAAAAAAAGAAUAAAAGAUAAGUUUAAUAGUACCCAAAAUAGUAAAUGGAAUUUAUUAGCAAAUGAUAGCAUAUUAAGUAAAAAUAUAGAAGGUCUAAAUAAUGUAAAAAAUGUAAAAAAUAUUUCCAAAAAUUUAGACGAGACUAAAGUAAAUACAAACAAUGAUGUUACAAAAGUAGAUCAAGAAACCGGAAGUGAGAUCAGACAAAAUGUAAUGGAAAAAAUGUUAGAGAAAAUACUAAAAAAAAAAAAAUAUAAAAAAUUGGAAAAAUUAUUAUCCUGUAACAACAGUAUUAAAGAUAUGAAAAAAAAUAUAAAAUUAUAUUUUUUUAAAAAAAGAAUAAUAUAUUUAACCGAUGAAAUAAAUAAAAAAACAUCAGAUGAACUUAUUAAGCAAUUAUUAUAUUUAGAUAAUAUAAAUCAUAAUGAUAUAAAGAUAUAUAUUAAUUCUCCUGGUGGUUCAAUAAAUGAGGGUUUAGCAAUUUUAGAUAUUUUUAAUUAUAUCAAAUCAGAUAUACAAACAAUUUCAUUUGGUUUAGUAGCCUCAAUGGCAUCAGUAAUUUUAGCAAGCGGGAAAAAAGGAAAAAGAAAAUCAUUCCCCAAUUGUCGAAUUAUGAUACAUCAACCACUUGGUAAUGCAUUUGGUCAUCCUCAUGACAUUGAAAUCCAAACAAAAGAAAUACUCUAUCUUAAAAAACUGUUAUAUUAUUACUUAUCAAAAUUUACAAAUAAAAGUGAAGAAACAAUUGAAAAACAUUCAGACAGAGAUUAUUAUAUGAAUGCUUUAGAAGCAAAAGAAUAUGGAAUUGUUGAUGAAGUUGUUGAAACAAAAUUGCCUCAUCCUUAUUUUCCUGAUCUAACCAAGAGUUGA